AAUAUAGCCACAAGUAUGUGUGUACCAUUAUGGUCUAACCAUAAUCAAUACUUUGAUCCUAUGAAUAUUGUUGUGCAUGCAUCACCUGACCUGUCACUGAGAGCACUAAAGGUUAGCCUGAUACCAGCCCCUCUUACUACUAAAGUUUUGUGUCAAUGGGCAAUGUGGCAGUCAAGACUAUCAAAACUAUCAAGCACCCUCAUGGAGUGGCACUCAACCAAGCUGGGGAGAUAAUUGUGGCUGAACACGAUGCUGGUAUUGUCUCGAUAUUUAGCCCAAGAAGAGACAAGCUGCGAACAUUAGACACUCGAGGCCCAGAUUUUGGGGAGAUGAAGACUCCUUGUGGUGUGGCAGUGGACGGUGAUGACAACAUUCUGGUGGUGGACGGUGGUAAUCAUCGACUGUUGAAGUUCUCACGUGGAGGAGACCUGAUAGCAGCAGUAGGUAGUCAUGGCGAUGAUCCUGGACAGUUUAGUGAUCCUCGUGGUGUUUGUGUCAACAGUGUCAAUGGGAAGGUGUAUGUGGUUGAUUUUGAUGCUCACCGUGUUUACAUCUUCAACUCUGACCUCACAUUCUGCAACAAGUUCGGCAGUAAAGGCAGUGGUAAUGGACAGUUUAACUAUCCCUAUGACGUUGCAUCCGAUCGUAGUGGUUGUGUGUAUGUGGCUGAUUUUGGUAGUCAUCGAGUGCAAGUCUUCACACCCGAUGGUGGCUAUCUGAGGCAGUUUGGGAAAGACGGCAGUAAAAAUGGAGAACUUGGCUACCCUGUCAGCAUCUGUGUGGACAGUGAUGAUCUGGUGUAUGUGGGGGAGGAUGGGAACUAUCGUGUCUCAGUGUUCACGUGUGAGGGAGUGUUUCUCAAGUCGUUUGGAUCACAGGGAUCUGGACCAGGACAGUUCGAUCGUCCUCAUGGCAUAGCAGUAGACCAGUGUGGUGUGGUCUAUGUGUCUGAUUAUUGGAACAACAGAGGUCUCCAUGGUUACAUAGUGCUGGUGGCGGGCAUCAACACUGAUACGGGCAAGGUCUAGGUUUGUCUGAGGAAGAGGAAGUGGAGCCUGAUAUCAUCAAACUACUAUCACAUGAUGCUACAACCCUCCAUGGAUGUGUACAUUCUGCCACUGUCCUUUGUUGAGUAUCGGGUGGAGAGACGGAUCGAAGCAUAGGAGGUCAGAGGUCAUCACCAUGCCAUUAAAGCAGUAUUCAAUGGAGCUGACCAAUACGACAGUGGGGAGACUCCACCCACAGAGGUCAAGGGUCACCGGACUGGUGGUGGGCUGCACUGAAGCCAGACAUCAACAUGUUACACACUCCAUCAGCCUCUAAACCAAGUGUUGGAAUACACGUCGUCCCUCCUCAUCACCUUGGUUUCUCCAUCGCCCCCGCCAACAACUGGAUGUUGGAGGUGGGUAGAGACUACGCCAUCACUGUGAAUGUGUUUGACAAAAUGAACCACAAGAUUAUCAUCACUGAGAAUCUCUUGUGCCGAGCGUGUUCCAUGACGAUACGACCAGUGAUUGGUCAUAUGCCAGACUGUCCUCUAUUGACUCAGACCAACAAUCACAAUAUUCAGUUUCCUGUGCGGAGUGGGUGACUUUUGAACCUUGAAAUAACGCUGUAUGACAAUGUGGGUAGGACGUUUACAACUUCAGAUUGCUGCAAUGGACGUGGUGAUCGUCCAAUCAGACUGCUCUACCCACCCCCCAGACCUCCUCAGUACAACACAAGGACUCAGAUAUGGCAAUAUUCUCCCGGAGUCAAUUUUUUUUUUUCUCUCCUCCUUCACAAUCCACCAGAACUGACGUCUAACGAAAUACUGCUCUUCAAUCACCCUCUAAACAAGGGCGCCCUCACUAUAACCCCAUGGAUCUGCUGAUAAUGUCAUUGAGUACUUGACUGUUUGCAGCACCCAGACACUGGUGAGGUUCAUGACCUCCCGACCCUCAUAACCAAGCACCAGGUGGUGGAGAUCAAAAACCCAGUGCAAGUGACCCCCAAACACCUCAUCAUUCUCUGGGACCCCCAAACAGAGUUCUAAUACCAGCACCAAUUGAAUGUUCAACGUCACUAUCCUGAGCUGUACGAAUAUUUAGAAUACAAAGUGUGACUGAAUGGUCUUGUGAGGUGGAGGGGAUUGCUCAACACUAGGACCAAGGGGAAGUCCCUAGUGGUAGCCGUGGAUACCAAAAACAUGGCUCACUUUGAUAAAACAGAGCCACAGGGCAGACACUGCGUUGUGACGUAUUUGUAGCCUCAAUUGAGCGUAUUGAGAUCACAACUCGUACGAGGGAGCUGCUGUUGGGGGAGGAGCCGAACGUUUCAGUGUGCAGGCUUUUUACGAGGAAGGGUCUCCAUGGUGAUAUGGUGCUGAUAGCGGGCAUCAACACUGGUACGGCCAAGGUCAAGGUCCGUCUGAGGGAGAGGGCGUUACAGGGGGUGGAGCCUGAUAUCAUCAAGCUACUAGUCAUUGAGAACAUGAUGCUAUAACCCUCCAUGGAUGUGUACAUUCUGCCACUGCCACCCACAGAGGUCAAGGGUCACCGGACUGGACGCCAUCCUACAAGACAACAGUAUUAAAUUAUUGUGUGUGGAAUCUUUUGUGCCGAGCCUGUUUCCAUGACGAUACGACCAGUGAUUGGUCAUAUGCCAGACUGCCCUGUAUUGACUCAGACCAACAAUCACAAUAUUCAGUUUCUUGUGCGGAGUGGGUGACUCUUGAACCUUGAAAUAACGCUGUAUGACAAUGUGGGUAGGACGUUUACAACUUUAGAUUGCUGCAAUGUACGUGGUGAUCGUCCAAUCAGAAUGCUCUACCCACCCCCCAGACCUCCUCACUACAACACAAGGACUCAGAUACACCCAGACACUGGUGAGGUUCAUGACCUCCCGACCCUCAUAACCAAGCACCAGGUGGUGGAGAUCAACGACCCAGUGCAAGUGACCCCCAAACACCUCGUCAUUCUCUGGGACCCCCAAACAGAGUUCAAAUACCAGCACCAAUGGAAU